GAUUGGAGGACGCGCGGGAGGGAUCGGGGAGCGCGGACGGAGGAUUGGGCGGCCGGCGCGAGCGAGGAUUGGAGAGAUAAGGAGGGAUAGAGAUUGGCGAAGGAGGGAGGAAGCAGCAGCAGGAAAGGAGGAGGAGGAAGGUUCUCCUGUUCUCUCUCGGCAGGCACUCGGGGGAGCAGGCGGACCCCACGAAAUGGCGGCGGACAGCGAACGAAUGAAAAUCCUGACUGCAUGUACAGCAGCUGAAACAUUCACGAAGCUGUAUUAUGACUCCUUAGACAAGAUGCGUCAUAGAUUGGGGAAGUUGUACCUGGAAGAUGCCCAGUUAGUGUGGAAUGGGAAUUCAGUGAAAGGAAAUAACACCAUACAGAAGUUCUUUGAGGACUUGCCUACCAGUGUCCAUAACAUUUUGUGUGUGGAUGCUCAGCCUAUUAGUGACAAAGCAGUAGGCCAGCAGUCAACCAUUCAAGUCACCACUUCAGGCUUUGUAACCUUUGGUGAAAGGAAAUAUCCCUUCUAUCAGUCAUUUCUAAUAACUGCUAAAGAAGAUAAAUGGAAAGUUGUUUCUGAUGUAUUCAGAUUUCAAGCUGUAGUGUCAUAGGCUAGACUUUUUUGUGUGUGAGUGUUUUCUUUUAUACGUCCUUUUUAUGUUUUUUUUAUGCAGUAUGUAUAUGGAACAUUACACUAGGAAAAAUAUUUUUGGAUAAAUAAAGCCAAGAUUGAUUUA